ACACUUUCUUUAUCUGAACAUGUCUGAAACUGUUAGCUAACUAAACCAGCCGAACUAGCAGAAAAAAAGUCCGUGUCUGCAGCUGCCAUUUUUCGCUGAACGAGUCAUUAUUAGAUGUGAUUUACAUACAGCUGGGCUGAGGGAACUGUCUUCAGUUUCAUUUUCUGGCCAGUCAUCUGAAGAAUUGAGCAGGGCUGCAGAUCUAUGAUCUCACAAUGGCAGGUGUACAGGUGUCUCCACGUUCUCCUGUGACACAAAGCCGACGUUCAGUUAGACUAAAUGAAAAGUCACAUCGUCGUUUCUCACUGCCAAGUCGUGAGGAGGUCUUGGAGAGUAUAUCACCAUAUGACGAGACUCCCUCCAAACACUACAGUCACCUCAAACCAAGAAAACUUGUCAACAACUUCAUCAAAGAGAGAAACAGCUAUAAUAACCCAGAUGGAAUCGCUUUAUAUGACGAAAAUUCUGAUGAGGAAUUCAUCGACGACGAGGAGGAUUCGGAUGAUGCCAGUUCCGUGUCACAAGAGGGCAGCGAUCAAAACAGUGAAAGCAGCGAGGAGGAAAGAGGGAGACCUGGAGGUAGACUUGGAUCAAAAAGUGGCAACGUGACAAGUCUUGCUCCAAGACAGAGAACAUCCACGUUGGACAACGAAGAGAGUGAUGAAGAGUUAGCAGUUCCCCUGAGGACCAACAAACACAGGCGGCAACUACUGGAGCAGUCAUCGAGCUCUGACGAGGAAAACAGCCAAGACAACGGGUCACCAGUAAAGAGGAAGAAAAGACAUCUUAAAAAAGUUUCAAUCCAAAGUGAUGGGUCGUCAUCUGAGGAUGAGGAGUCGCCUUCCAACCCGAUUGAAGAAACAAUCGCUCCUGAAACUCACCAGAGUGAAGAGGACGAACAAGACUUCAACCAAGACGAAGUUUCAUUGGAGAGUGGUGAGAGCGAUGGUUCCUUCAUAGCAACAAGCGACUCGAGCGCUGACAAUAUACCAGUCUUUGAUUACUUGGAAAGUGCAGGAUCAAGCAAGCCCACCCAUGAAGAGCUGGUUUGUAACUACAGACAGAGGAAGUCAAAAGCAGCAAGACAGUCCCAAAGUAGAAAGAGACAGAGAAUCUGUCGUCCAUCCAGUAGCAGCAACACGGAUAAUGAAGGAAGUGGGGAAGAUGGAUCAGCACCUCCUGGUGAAGGAAAGGAACGACCACCGUCUAAACGGGCUGAAUCGUUGAGCAGUAAAAAGAAAGCUUGGAAGUCAGAAACCUUGGGACGUUAUAAAGAAGAGAGAGACAGAAGGCUUUCGGAGAAGAAAGAUAAAACCUGCAAAAUCAAAAAAGAACCUAAAAGCUGAAACUUUCUUCUACCCGUUUGCGUCAUAGUGGUAUCUUUCCUUGUCUUCAUCUUCUAGGAUAAUGGGGGUGCUCUGUGAAGUGGGAUUUCAGUUCCUAACUGAUUGUGUGGGUUUCCCCAUAUAGAAUAUCUGAUGUUUUUCUUGCACAUCUUAAACAAAAAUUUCCUUCAUUCUCUUCUCUCCGCGGGGUCUUUGGGAGUAUAGUGGUUUAAGAUUUUGCUGAGAAUCUUUGGCUUCACAACAAAAAUUUAAAAUUUAAAUAAAAUAAUGAAAACAUCUCCAAAUGAACUCAACAACAUAAUCACACACACCACUUUUUCCCGUUUUUUAUAUAUACAUUUUAUUAGUUUCACAUUUUCAAAAAAAAGGUUUUCAUUAGUAACUGUACACACGUUCUUUGUCAUAUUAAAAAUAAUACUGGAUAUUCUUUGCUGUAUAAUUUAUCAACACUUCUAUCUAAUGACAAUUAAAUACAAGGUUACAAUUGAAUCUAGUAAUUUAGGCCUACAUAAACAUUCACAAUUUGGGAGAUAACUGCAGAGCUGCCGUCAUUUUAGAACUGGGGAGAAGUUUCGUGGACAAAAUCUUCAAGUUUGUUAGUAGGCUCAUGGAGAGAUUGGUUUAUUUUCACGGAACUUUCUCAAAAAUCAGGGAUAUAAUGGACCUUUAUCAUGCUGUCACCAUCUUGGUCAUGUUCCCUUUUCCCACUUUCCACUACAACAAACGCUAAAAUUCAUUGCGCAAACAUUGCACCAGACUAUUAUUUCGUCCAGCCCCAGUUUGGCAAUGAGUUGGAAUGGAGUAAAAUCUAGAUUGCCACACCAUGAUAAAGGUACAUAGGCAGCUCUGUUGGUGGUUUAGGCAGUAAAAUUUGUACCAUACAGACUAUUUUUGUUUUUUGGGGUCUGGUUUCCUUGUUUUAAAGGGAAGGUAUACAGUGUAUGCAAAUACCUAAUUUAAAUGUUAUGAAUAUUUAUAAAUCCCAAAUACUGUUCAGACAUUCUGACUGUUCUGUCAAAGCACCAGUGUUGACUGAUUACAACUAAAUGCAAAUUCAUAGCAACCAUGCGGCUGGGUGCCUCUUGGUUGACUUAUUUUGAAUAUGGAUGCCAUUUAUUUUCACUUGUUUUACAUUAAAGGAACAUUACAGAAUUGGUUUUGCUAACAAAACAAAUGCUGGCAGUGUAAGCACUUAAUGUAAUCC